AUGGAGAGGGGGAAUGAAGUGGAUGGUACAAGGCACAGACCUGGCAAUUCGUCUAAGGGAGUGUCAGCUGGGGGAGGGGCAACAGGAGGAGGUGGGGUGAAAGGAGCGGAUGUUUUGGGUGGGAAAGGCGUGAAAGGAGGGGUGGCAGGUGCGGGUGCUGCGAGCAUGGCUCAGAGGGGGUCGAGUGCUGCCAUGCGGAGAAGGGCCAUGUUGCUCCAAUCGGCGGCGUCACCACCGCCAUCAGCAGCAUCAAGCCACCCAGCGGCGCCCCAUUCUACCCAGCAGUCUGGAUCAGCCCCUCCUGCUGCCCCCAGGUCGCUGUGUGACCUGCUGCUGCCACACGUGGCAGGAAAGCUGCAAGCUCUGCUCUCGUCUCUUGUGCGCCUCUGUGCAACAGACUGGCCCUCCCACACCCAUCUGCAGCCGUUCAUCGUUGAAGCCCCUGCAUCCCUCGCAGCCUACCCCGCUGGUGCCGCUGGCUCGCUUCCUGGCAGCAGCAUCAGAGCUGCAGGUGCUGGGAGUGCUGCACGUAUACAUGUGGCCCCCUGCCCUGUGCUCAGUUUCCGCACAUUGCCCAUGCACCUCCGUUUGCCAUGUGCCCUCCCUGCCCUCCCAUACCCCACAGAACUCGGCUCCUGGCAGCAGCAUUGGAGCUACAGGGCCCGCUUCCUGGCAGCAGCAUCGGAGCUGCAGGUGCUGGGAGUGCUGCACCCCUCAUCCCGCCGCCGCACUCGCUCCAUGCAUCGUACCCUGCUGCCUUGGUUCCAAAGUGGCCAUGGUGUGAGUGCAUUCUGGCUUGCUGCCUGCUCUGAGCUCUUUGCUAAGACAAGUCCAUAUUUGUAA